AUGAGGCUGAAAGAUCAUUCUGUCCCUCUCCAAUACCAGUCAGUAAUGAGAGUGAAUGCACCUAUAGGUGAGGGGGUGAAUUUUAGAGUAGAUCAUCAUAUUGUACAAAUGCUGUCAAAUUUUCAUAGAAUGAGUCAUGAGGAACCCUACAAGCAUUUAGUUUUUCAAAGUGUGUGAGAUUUCUCAUUACCCCAAUGUCCCAUUAGAAGUGAUAAAAAUGAGAUUAUUUCCUUUUACCCUUAAAGACAAAGCAAAAGAGUGGUUUAGAGCCCGAGAACAAGACUUAAAUUCAUGGGGUGAAAUGGAGACCACUUUCUUAAAGAAAUUUUAUUCAGUAGGGAGAACUAAUGCGGUGAGGAAGGCAAUUAGAGAUUUUAAUCAAGGACCAUAG